AUGAUGCUACGCCGGGAACUGCACGGCUCCUCGCAGGAAAUAGGCAGCUCACCCUGCUACCGGUGCACACAUUUUUCUUCAAUGUAUAGUUCCUCGGCGCGCCUCUGGCCUUUUCCCGGAGCUCUUCAAUCCCAGAAGCUACAACACAACGGCUGAAUCGCCAGGACUCCCCUGGGAGGCGUGGCUUCAGGACCGGAAGAAGCUCCUGUUGUCAAGGGAACGGUGCCUGCCAAGGCGCCUGCUCAGCGACUGAUGCACAGACUGCUGCAGAGGCUGCCGGUUUUCCCAACUUCUAGGGACGGCUUUGCUCAUUACCAGGCAUCCUUCCCAUAUAAGCAUAGAGAAGAAGGCUGAGGGACCCUCGCACCAGACUUCCAUCCCGGAGACCGAUACGAGUGCGUCCAUUCCUGUUGCCAGCUCCUGCGCCCUCCGGACUAACCUCAAAAACCAGCUGGUUUGUAAAUAUUUGAAUCACAUUAUGGGAUUGCUAGACAGACUUUCAGUCUUGCUUGGCCUGAAGAAGAAGGAGGUUCAUGUUUUGUGCCUUGGGCUAGAUAAUAGUGGCAAAACGACGAUCAUUAACAAACUUAAACCUUCAAAUGCUCAAUCUCAAAAUAUCCUUCCAACAAUAGGAUUCAGCAUAGAAAAAUUCAAAUCAUCCAGUUUGUCUUUUACAGUGUUUGACAUGUCAGGUCAAGGAAGAUACAGAAAUCUCUGGGAACACUAUUAUAAAGAAGGCCAAGCUAUUAUUUUUGUCAUUGAUAGUAGUGAUAGAUUAAGAAUGGUUGUGGCCAAAGAAGAACUCGAUACUCUUCUGAAUCAUCCAGAUAUUAAACACCGUCGAAUUCCAAUCUUAUUCUUUGCAAAUAAAAUGGAUCUUAGAGAUGCAGUGACAUCUGUAAAAGUGUCUCAGUUGCUGUGUUUAGAGAACAUCAAAGAUAAACCCUGGCAUAUUUGUGCUAGUGAUGCCAUAAAAGGAGAAGGCUUGCAAGAAGGUGUAGACUGGCUUCAAGAAAACAAUGACAGUAGGCAGGAUAUAGGAAGAGUCAUCUUUGGAGAAUCAGACCAGCCGAAGAGCAAAGAUCUAAAGGUAUUAAUAUUGGAGAUCCCAAGGAAAUGGCUUAGCCAGACAUACUAGAAGGAAGACCACAUUUGACAAGCUUCAGACACAUUUGCAAAUUCCAAUCAGUUUUUUAGUGUUCACUUAUACAUAUGAGCAGAUGGCAAAGGAUGACCAGGCAUUUGAGGAUGAAAACUAUGAAAUAUGGGAAUGUGCACAAACAAGAAAAGUGGGUUCGAGUAAGAAUUUAUAUAGAGAGAACAUUUCAAAAAACUGUUAAAGAAUAUCCUCAAAGAUAUAAGAGAAGGUGUUACUUUCAUGAAUAAAGGCAGUAAACUACUUGAAAAGAAAGAACAGAAAAAAAAUGAGUUCUUGGAAAAUAAGAAUAUAAUAGUAGAAAUGAAAAAUUUAGUUUUAAAAAGAUGAUAAAAUAGAGGCAAAUUCCCAGAAAGUAGAGCAGAAAGACAAAGAAUAGAAAAUUUGAAAGAAAAGAAAGGGGUCAUGUUCAGGAGGCCCAAUAUCCAAAUAAUAGGAAAUUCAGAAAUAGAGAACAGAAAAAAAUAGAGGAUAGCAAAUCCUCGAACAGUAUUUUCUAGAACUAAAUCGAUGAGUUUUCAGUUGACAGGCCUCUCAAGAGCUCAAUACAGUGGAUAAAAAUAUUCCCAUACCAGCAGGUAUGAUUACUAAAAUUCAGUGCUGUAAACAAUGGAAGAUUCUGCAAGCUUCCUGAGAAAAAAAAAUGAAAAGCUUCCUGAGGAAAAAAAGAAUAAGAAAACAGAAUAACAUCAGAUUUAUCAACAGCAACAACUUGGAAGCUGUAAGAUAAUUGGGAAAUGCCUGGAAGAGUCCAAGGAGGGAAUAAUAGAAUUAUAUACUCAGGCAGUAUCAGUGUAUUUUGACAGUAGAAUAAAGACAUCUUCAGCUAUACAACAUCUCAAGAAUUUACUUUCUAUCCUUUUUACUAAGGUAGCCACUGAGAAGAAUAUUUUUCAAAAACAGGAAAAUCUUGGUACCAGCAUUAUCAAAAAAAUAAAAGCAAAUAAACCAAGAAGAGAAAAUUGAGGGAUCAUGAGACAGGAAAACCAGCACAGAGAGUAGGGGAAGGAAUCCCCAGGAUAUUAAUGGAGACCCUGGAAUGAUAAUGAAAGAAGAUACUGUAACAAAAUGACUGUGGCAGGCAUAGAGAAAAUGAGUAUAGAUUCUAGAGUUUUUUAUAAGACCCUGUGGAAGAGUUCUUCAAGAGGGCAAAGUAGAUGGACUGUGUAAUGUACUUCAUAGUAAUAAAGGUUUAAACUCUGGGAGUGGUGCAAUUGAAUUAGUGUUAAGUACAUACAAUUAAAUAGAUGAGUUGGAUGAGAGUGGGAAAGACAAUUAUUAACUCUAGGAGGGAUAAAAUAUAGAAGAGGAAAGGAAAAGUAAGUAUACCACCUGUCUUAGCUGUGAAUAGCAUUUACAUAGUCAUCAUAUUGACAAUGACUAUAUUAGUGCGUUAGGAGUAUGGGGGUAUUAGAAGUAUUAUGAGGGUUGCCUAGGAGCAGCAUGGGAGUGUGAGAGAGCUGUCUCAUAUUACAUUGAAGGAACUGAUAUUUGAAGAAGUAGCAAUAAAAGUAUAUUAUUUAGAGGUGUUAUAAGUAUUCAUCUAAAAGGGAGUUAUAAGUAGUUGCCCCUGAAAGGGAGGAAUGGAGAAGAAGCAAAGUACUGCUGUUUUGCCUAGAAAGUUUGAUAAAAAUAAUAACUAUAGGAUGAAUUGAGCUUUUAAAAAAGCAGGUGUAGCUGGACCUGGUGUACACUUGUAGUCCCAACUACUAGAGAGGUUCAGGUGGGAGGACCACUUGCACCCAGAAGUUCCAUUACAGCCUGGGCCACAUAACAACAUCCUAUCUCUAAAAAAUAAUAAUAACAAAAGCAAAUAUAUACAUAAGCUUCCAACAUGUUGUAUAGAUUUGACUUAGAUUACUUUAGAAAAUAGAUUUUGCCCUAUAGAGAUUGAUAAUUUUUGUUUGUUUUUUGUUAUCAGAUCAGAUCCAGACUGUGAAGACAUGAAAAGGUAAUAGUUGGAAACCUCAGCAAUUUUCAAUUCAAGGAAUCUAUCUAAGGCAAACAGAAUACUUUACAUUUUGUAAAAGAUGUUUCUGCAUCAAAAAAUAUAAUUUUCUGCUUGCAUUUAUGGACUCUGACCUUUUUAAGAACAUAGGACUUCAGGUAUGCUAAUUUGGCCAUUAAUUAUUUAAAAACUAAAUAUUCCCUCAAAAGGGCUCCCUAGAAUUAUCAACUUCUUAGUGAAAGUCUACAUUUGAUUGUAUGUAAAAUGUUUAAAAGUCAGUUAUAAGCCAUCUCAUCCCAUCAUAAUUUGUGUUUAAUGUAUUUUAUUUUUUAAUUGUCUUUUUAAAAAUUUAGUUUAUGACUUUGCAGUAUGAAUUGUGCUUGUGAAAAAGAACUUUAAAUAUUUAUAAGGGACCAUGGGUAAUUAAUAUAUAUUCAAUUUUUACUAUGUGUCACUGUCAAUAAAAUGUAAAAUAUAAUGUACCAACUAGUGUACUUGUUUAUGCUGAAAAGAAUAAUGCUCUGUUACUAUGGUAUUUGGUGUCAUACUGUCAAGCAUUUGUAAACCAUCUGAGACUAAGUUAAGCUGAAUUUAUUUAUUCAGUGUGUGUUGAACAUCUCUACACCAACUAGUCAGACAUAGUCCUAGGCAAUGAUGAUACGAGGUAAAUAAGACAUAUCCUUAUCGUCAGAGAACUUAAAAUUUAAUGAGGGAUAAUUUGAGAACCUUUCCAUGGAUAGUAUCUAAUUUUAUUUCAUUGGCUGAAUGAAAAUAUUGCAUCUUCAGAUUAAGAGGUAUAAAGUAAAUUAAUGUUUGACUGUUCAGUAAUCAUUACUGACAUCUUGUUUUUCCCUUUUAAACACCUCCAAUUUACCAUAGCACUUUGUUAAAAUAAAUUGUGACUUUUAACUUUUUCAUGAACAUAAACUGCUACAUAAAUGUUCCUUAGAAUUUUAGACAUAUCUCAGGCACACAAAUUAUUAUUUCUCACAAAUUAGAGAACACUUAUAAUUGUGAACUCUAAAUAGAAACCUUCAUUUCAAUCACUGAGCAACAGUAUAUAGAGCAAUAUUGUUGAUCCUGAUAAACAUUACAUAUAGAGAAAAACUGUAAUAUACAAUAUAUGCCAUCUCAAAUAUGCUUAGCUUUGAAAAUGAUAAAAAUAGAAGGCAAAAGUAAGUGAGUAAUAAAGAUGUUAUAGUAACUGCAGUAGUGGUAUAUGUUUCACAGAGAUUUUAAUAAAAGCAUAUAAAGCCACAAUAAAAGUUCUAUAUUCCAGUUUCUCAUAGUCCAGAAAUAGCAGUGAUUUGGCAUUUGGCAAAUUGAAAGUUACGCAGAAAAUUCCAGUGGCUCAGCAUCUUAGCUAGUUUACCAUCUCUCUUGUAAAUUGUUUUAGAGGAUACAAAAUGAAAAUCUCAUUAAUCUAAAGUUGCUGCACAUAUAGGAAGGACAUAAUGAUGGAAACAAUGAAUGUAAUUUUUUAAAAAACUGAUAUGCUACAACUAUUUUCGGAUGGAGAACUGAUUGAGAAUUCAAAUCCUCACUUAUCAUAAGGUAGUAAUAAAAUUAAUGGUAGUUACCACUAUAUGAUCAUUAUAUUAUAAGCAGGUAUUACACAUACAGAAUUUUCAUCAUUUAAUCCUCCCAAUAAGCCUAUGUGGCAGGUUUUGUUGUUUCCAUUUUAUAGAUCAGUAAACUGAGGCCUUAAAAUGUUAUGUAAUUUGCCAAAGUUCAAAGAGCUCGUAAGUCUGGUACUAGGAUUCAGUACCAAGCAGUCUGUUUUAAGACAGAUAAUUCAAGAGUGUGAUAGAUAUUAGAAAUACAGAUAUAUCUGCCAGAAUAACAAUUAAAAUGAUAGAAAAGGCUCUUACUUGGGACAGCAACCAGGACAGGGAUGGUAGAGGGAAGGUCAGAGACUAGAGACUACUCUUUGCUUUUUUUGUUUUCUUUUUUUUCUUUUAAAGCUAUUAACACUACUCAAAUUUUAAACUCUGGAUAUAAAUGACUUCGAUAAAAGUCCUUAAAACUAUUCUGACAUUAAAUUAUUUGGUAUUCCACAAACUACAGUAGCUCAUACCUAUGCAAAUAUUUAGAAGAAGGAGAAGUACCCUUUUUGUUUGUUUUCAUGAUCUCCAAAAUCUAGCUUUUAGUCUAUAAACAUCCAUCCCUACUCCACAUUUUCAUGUAAAGAUUAUGUAGAAGUAAGUUGGGCAACAGUGUAGUCACAGGAUGCCAUAUAAGUGUGAAUAAGCUGAGAUUAUUGCAUUUGUAUUUAGCAUAUUAUACAAUUAAAAUGUAUUUUAUUAAAGCUGAAGCAAGUUUUCUUUCAUGUCUAGACAUCGGUGUGUUACAGAGUUUAAUUCAUUAAGCUCUGUAUUUGAAUAUAACACCUUGUAAAAUGUUUGAAACUUAUCCUCUUGUAUGUUAAAUAUUUAAAUAUUUGUAUAUGGCCCUAUUCAGCCUGUGCUUUAUAAAUCACAAAAGAGCUGGGUUUUAUAUGUUUGUUUUUUAUUUCUAAGCUCUCUGCGAAAAAGUUAAAAAUUGUCUCCUUUGUUUAAGAUAUUUUUUCUUUGUAAUUUUUUUAUAUCAUGUUGUGAUUUUCAUAAAUAUGUGCAGUUACUCUUGAUAAUACUUGUCUUAGUCAUUUCAGGUUGCUAUAACAAAGUACCAUAGACUGGGUGGCUAUAAAUGACAGAAAUUUAUUUCUUAUAGCUCUGGAGCUGGAAGUCUGAGAUCAGAUUGCCAGCAUGGUUGGGUUCUGGUGAGAGCUGUCUUGGUUGCAGACUGCCGUCUUCUUGUAUCCUCACAUGGCAAAAAGAGGGCAAGAGAACUCUCUAGAGUCUGUUUAAUAAGAGCAUGAAUCCCAUUACAUCUUCACAUGGCUCCUCCCAAAGACCCCACCUCCUAAUAUCAUCACAUAUCACAUAGGGGGUUAGAAUUUCAACAUAGAAAUUUUGGGAGAACACAAACAUUCAGUCAGUUGCAAUACUUAAGGCAAAUUCAUCUUGCUUAUAACUCUGGUGCAUGUGCAUUAAAAUACUAUUGCAUUGUAACUGAGUUUGUACUUAUUUUCUGCUUUCUGAUUAUUCCCUUUGUUCAUAAAAAUAAAUGACUGGUAUUACAAGCUCACCUAAAUAAAUAGGUUUGUGUACGUCUGCGACUAGAGAGAAAUACUAUAGUGAUUAA